AUGGCCAAAAAACACGACGCGCUCGCGUCUCCAUCCCCACCGCCGGCGACGAGCCUCAAUGACAAAGAAGACGAUAUAGUCGAACUCUCUGGACCCCCCGAGCCCACUGGUGACCAGGCAAUCUGGAAUGACGCUGAGAUAAAAGAGCUCUUGGAGCAGCUCGUCGAGCAUAAAUCCAGCGCUGGGCAGGGCGGCAACUUCACCAAGGACACCUUCAAUACAAUUGCCCGACAGGUAGACAAGCACCGGACAGCUGGAGCGCAGAAGACGGGCGCGAUGUGUACUACCAAGUACUGUACUCUUCCCGAUACCCACAAGACCAUCAACCGUAUCCGGAAAUGGUCCUCGGGCAUGCAUUUCGACAACAUGAAGGGCGCAAAUAUCGACGCGACGACGAAACCUGUGUGGGACACCUUGGAGAAGAAGUAUCCGGCUGUGGGUCCUUUCCGGAACGCGGGAUGGGCUUGGCUGUCCUGGAUGGAUCAGCUAAACACCAAGGCUACAUCGGGGUCUCACGUUCGCUAUCAAGGAACCAGCAAGUUUGCGGCCGGUGUCAAUAAGAAGCCUGAGGUCGAACAGAAGACGGCGACAAAGAUCAAAAAGAAGACGGUGAUGAAGACCGAGCGCUUGGGCAGCCCGGCCUGGAUCAUCGAGAACAGGGGCUCCCUUCCGGAAGAUGACACUGUGGUCACGGCCCCGGCAUCUCGUGAGGCUUCUCCGGCUCCCACCCAGUCCUCUGCUCUGUCCGCGGCUGUUGCUGCAGUGACUGCGACACCUGUUGCAACCCAACACAAGCGGGCUUCAAGCGGUUUGACCCCCUCGACGGAACCUCUGAAGUGUUCGCGAGGAUCCGAAGGUUCGCGCGCCUUGGCCGCCCUCGCGGAAACAAGCCACAAGUUUGUGGACAUCUUCGGUGACGUGCGAGAUGUCUUGGCAGCGCCCCAGGGCUCCAGCGUCCAGCUCUCCCCUCAGCGUCGCAUGAACGCCAUGGAACGCACGCAAAAGCUCGAGACUCAUCUCAGCAACAAUGAUUUGGCCAUUCUUAUUGACAUCCUAGGCGAAGCAAAUAAGGCAGACACAUACAACAUGCUUCAGAACAAUGGUCUUUGUAUCAGCUGGGUCAACAAGCAGCUUCGGGAGCAUUCGGCCAAGCAUGCGAGCGGAAACGUUGAUCUCUUUUCGGGACAUCUCUUCAACGGGAACACCAGAACAUUUGGUGGCAACAAUUCAUUUGGUUGUGGUUUCAAUAGACAAAACAUGGGCCUUUAG